GUCAUCGUAUUUUUCUAGACGCAGCUGACGAUGUAAACAAGAAAAGACAGUCGAGGGCAGCGGGGAUCAAAUAGGCCGGCGUCACCGCAAAUGAUAGCCAUUACAUGCUCAUAAACGGCUGACAUGGGGCUGCCCGUUACAAUUAAAGUGAACUUCCGGGGCAACGUGAAGAGAUUCCUGGCCCAGGAUUUGGACAAACUGGAGUGGGAGUCCGUUGAAGCCUGGAUCAAAGCGUCUUUUGGAAUCAACCACUUUCAAGUCAAAUACUUCGAUGAGGACAACGAAGAGAUUUGUAUAAACAGUCAAGAUGAAUAUGAAGAAGCCAUCAAGAGUGCCGAGAAGCAGGGGAACCAGUUGCACAUGAACGUGUACAAGAUGAAAGGUCAGGCCUGCGGAGGCCCGCCGAAGACGGAGGUGAAGGAGCUGAAGGGAGACCUGAGGCCUGCUCCACCUUAUCCGUCAAGGGUGAAAACGGUGGACAAAGGCACACAGGUCACCCCAGAGAGAGAAGCGGUCACAGUGAAGGACAACAAGGGGAACAAGCCAGAAGAUGAACCACCUCCGAUGUGGUUUAGAUCAUACAUGGAUAAGUUUAAAGAUGAGGUGGUGAAGGAGGUGGUGGAGAGGAUGUGCAGUGACUUCUCUGGCCAGUGUUGCACCCACAAGUCUGCCGACGGGCCCCUUGAGGCCAGCGCGGCUAGCAGCGCUCCUGCAGGGCCCCGGCCAGGCCCCUCCACCUCAACGGGAUCCCUCGGCUACACCCCCAACUGCAGCAGCUGCAACAAACUCACCUCGGAAGGGGCGUACAAGUGCAGCGUGUGCCCGUCCUGCAUCCUGUGUGAGAUGUGCAGACACAGCCACGACCCCAGCCACAACCUUGUGAGAACCAAGACACCUCUCUCCAUCCCUGAGCAUGGAAUGUCAGGAGAGUUGAGGUUCCCAAGGCGAGGAGACAGGACAGUGCGCAAGGCCGAGCGACAGCGCCUCAAAGCUGAAAGGAGGCAACUAAGAGCCGAAGUGAAGGAAAUCAAGAAGAAACUGAGACUGGAGAAGAGGGGGCUGCCGUGGAGCGGGCCCUCCACCUCGGGCAGAGGCACCCUGACAAACACGGCCUCCGCCUCCACGCAGGUCCCGGCAAUGUCCCCCCCCGCCGCCCCAGAAACAGCCUCAGGUCCCGCCCCCGCCCCGGUCCCCGAUCCCCAGGCCUCCAGUCCAGAGGGUCCCGUGGUCUCGAACACGUCCUUGGUUUCUACUAUGGCCGCCUUGUUUCUGGACGAAAAUCUGCCGGACGGCACCCGUCUGGAGCCCGGAACCAAGUUCAUCAAAUACUGGAAGAUGAGGAACUCAGGCAGUAUCAGCUGGACCUCAGAGACCAAGCUAGUGUUCAUGUGGGGGAACCUCGGCCUGGCGUCGGGGGACAGGAGAGAGGUGCCGGUCCCGUCGCUGCUGCCGGGACAAGUGGGCGUGGUCAGCGUGGCCUUCGCCGCCCCCGUGACGGAGGGGACGUACACCUCCCACUGGCGGCUGGCGCACUGCGGCUGUCAGUUCGGGCCGCGCGUCUGGUGCAGCAUCGUGGUGGACGGCGGCGGCGGCGAGGCGCUCGGGCAUCAGAGCGAACGACUGGAGGAUGAGGAGGAGGAGGAUGAGGUGGUGGUGGUGAAGAAGGAGCAGGAGGGCAGGCCCCAGCACAGCGGCCCAGGUCUGCCUGUGGACCUGAACCACGAGGACUACUACUUCCCCUCCGUCGACCUGCUGACCGCACAGGACCUGCUGUCGUUUGAAUUGCUGGAUAUAAAUAUUGUGCAAGAGUUGGAGAAGGUUCCAAACAACACACCUGAGGACCUGACCCCCUGCAUAUCCCCUCUGCCCCACGAUGCACCCGUUCUGGAGAAGGCCAUCAUCGCGCGGAUGAGAGAGGAAGCCGAGGUCACGGGGGUCAGAAAGCUCUUCGGAGUCAGGGCGCGGCAGCAGAGGGCCCCCGAGGGCCAAGAGGAGGACCGCGAGGAGGAGAUCAGUGGAGCCCAGUUCCUCUGCGAGACGGUCAUCCGCUCUCUGGCCCUGGAGGAGGCCCCCGAUCACAGACCCCCUCGCAGGGCCCAGCACGGCAGCCACAACAAGCCGCAGGUGGUGUCCCGGGGCACCAGCUUCUGCUUUGAGAGAGCCUUCGAGGCCGAGAAGAUGGAGACGGUGCAGGAAGGAGGCGAGGAGAUCAGCGCCGCCAGACUCCAAAGUUCCGCCCCGCCUCUCAGCCCGGUCACCCAGGAAGAGGAGAUGAGGCCAGUUCUUCUGCUGGAACCAGCAAAUGAAAACCUGCACGUCAGUUCGGAUCAUGACAUCGAGGCGGAAGAGGUCCUGGUCCUUGAGGACGUGCAGGAUAUCCCCGAGGAGAAAGAGGAGGGUGGAACCAAAGGAGAAGAAUGGGAGGAGGUCAGCAGCCAGACCUCCUCGGUCUCCUCCUGCGACGAUUACAUCAUCGUCCUCCCGGACUGCUUCGACACCAGCCGGCCUCUGGGCGAGUCCAUGUACAGCUCCGCCAUGUCGCAGCCCGACGCCGACCUGGACGUGGAACAGGAGGACGAGGGGGAGGUAGAGGAUGAGGAGGGAGAAGAGAAGGAGGAGGAGGAGGAGGGAGAAGAAGAGGAGGAGGAGGAGGAAGAAGAGUCCGCCGCCGAGGAGGCGCCGCCGCCGCAGCAGCAGCAGCAGGAGGCGGCGGUCGAAGCCGAGGACUCCGCCGCCGCGACCUCGUGGCCGCCGCUGGUCCCGCCGAGCCACAGCAGCGUGAACCAGAUGCUGUGCGCCUCGCAGACGCUGGACGCCGUGACGCUCACGCCGGAGGUGGUGCCCCCGCCACCGGCGCUGCCCGACCUCCCGCGACCCCCGCCGGCCCUCUACUCGCCCAGGUCAGAGGCGCUGUACCUGUCUGAGGACCCCAGUCCUCCAGCCUGUGAUCCAUAUGAGCCACACCAGCCGAGGGUCCACCUAAAUGUAUCAUCCGGUCUGUCCAGAUCAGCAGGCUCAGCAUCCAGUGCCUUUGAGACGUAUAACCCCAGGCCCAGCAACGCUCUGCAGCCGAGGGGCCAAGGAGGCAUCACGGAGGGACUCGUCAAGGGGGCCCUCUCUGUGGCAGCGUCCGCGUACAAAGCUCUGUUCACUGGACCAAACUGCUCAAUACAGCGCGGCAUCGACCCGGCCACCAGGCAGGACCCCUCCCUGAUGGCCAUGCUGCUUGAGAUGGGCUUCAGAGAUCAGCGGCUCAACCAGCAGCUGCUGAGGAAGCACGGCUACAGCCUGCUGCACACCGUCAACGAGCUGGUGCAGAUGACCGAGGACGGCCACAACAAAGCGCUCAACGCGCUGCACUGAGGGGGGG